UUAUCAUUACACCAAUUUAUUUUUGUUAUCCUAUUUUUUAUUUGUUUUUAUUUUGUGACCAAUUUUUACUUGUUUAAACUUUACUAACAUUAUGUUAAGAUUAUCAACUAAAAUCCAUUUAGCGCUAUGCAAUCAAAUAACACGCAGCACAAUACGUUUGCUUCAUAUCAGUGAAGCCGACGUCAUAACAACAUUCAUUGAUAAGGAUUCCACUGAUUUUAAACAAAAUGAAACUGAAAUGAAGAAUCUCGUUAGUCAACUGAGACAUCAUACAGCUCAAGCUUUGAAUGGUGGUGGUCCAGUUGCAAUUCAGAGACACCGAUCUCGAGGAAAACUUCUAGCUCGUGAGCGUAUUGAUAAACUCAUAGACAAUGGAACUGCAUUCUUAGAAUUAAGCUCUUUAGCUGCACACGAGUUGUAUGGCAAAGAAGUCGUUAACUCGGCUGGCGUUGUCACUGGAAUAGGAAGAAUUUGUGGAACAGAGUGUGUCAUUGUAGCCAAUGAUGCCACAGUCAAAGGUGGCACCUACUAUCCAGUUAGUGUGAAGAAACAUCUCCGAGCUCAGGAGAUUGCCCAAGAGAAUCGCUUGCCUUGCAUCUAUUUGGUCGAUUCUGGUGGUGCUAAUCUACCUCGUCAGGCCGAGGUCUUCCCCGAUAAGUGGCACUUUGGACGGAUAUUCUAUAACCAAGCUAACAUGUCGGCUCUUGGAAUUCCCCAAAUAGCUGUGGUUAUGGGAAGUUGUACAGCUGGCGGAGCUUAUGUCCCAGCUAUGGCUGAUGAGAGUAUAAUUGUAAGAAAACAAGGAACAAUCUUUUUGGCUGGGCCACCUUUAGUCAAGGCUGCUACAGGCGAGGAGGUAUCUGCUGAAGAUCUUGGUGGCGCUGAUCUCCAUUGCAAGACUUCAGGAGUAACCGAUCACUAUGCUACCGACGAUGAACAUGCUCUCUAUUUGGCUCGGAAGAUUGUAAGCAAUUUCAAUUUACCUGAAACCAAUGCUUACUCGGAUAAGGAAUUGGGUGCUCCGGUAGACACUUCCAAGUCAUUUCUCUAUGAAGAACCCAAAUACGAUCCUAGAGAGAUUUAUGGAAUUGUAGGCCCGAAUCUUACCAAAACCUUUGAUGUUCGCGAGGUGAUUGCUCGAAUUGUUGAUGGCAGUCGAUUUAAUGAGUUUAAAAAGUUCUAUGGAGAGACUUUGGUGUGUGGUUUUGCCAAACUUUAUGGCCACACAGUUGGAAUUGUAGGAAACAAUGGAGUUUUAUUUUCAGAGAGUGCUCUGAAGGGAGCUCAUUUCAUUCAGUUGUGUGCUCAGAGGAAUAUUCCUUUGGUGUUUUUGCAAAACAUUACUGGAUUCAUGGUUGGUCGGGAUGCUGAAGCAAAUGGAAUUGCCAAGAAUGGAGCAAAGAUGGUAACUGCUGUGGCUUGUGCAAAUGUUCCCAAAUUCACUAUCAUCAUUGGGGGUUCCUAUGGAGCUGGGAAUUAUGGAAUGUGUGGUCGUGCCUAUUCCCCAAGGUUCCUAUACAUGUGGCCAAAUUCACGUAUCUCAGUUAUGGGUGGUGCUCAGGCAGCUAAUGUGCUAGCACAAGUAACUACUGAUCAGAAAAAACGUGACGGCCAGGAACUCAGUGAAGUGGAAAUCAAUAAAAUGAAAGCCUCGAUUGAAGAGAGAUUUGAAAAAGAAGCAUCUCCUUAUUAUAGUACAGCAAGAUUAUGGGAUGAUGGAAUUAUUGAUCCAGCGGAUACAAGAAAAGUUUUGGGACUGAGUUUGACGGCUUCUUUGAGAAAUUCCAUUAAUCCUACUAAAUUUGGGGUUUUUAGAAUGUAAUUUUUAUAUUUACUUGGUUGUUUGCAUCUUUGAUGCUCAGAAAUUGUUGCAUUUAUUAGUUUUUAAAGGAACAAAAGUUGUUGGCAUUUAUAUAUAUUUUUAUAAUUA